AUGGUAAUGACACCUUUUGGAGAACAUCUUGAUGUUGUUAAGCAUGGCUGGCAUGGAAUUCUCAAAGCUUUUCAAGAUGUUGCUGAAGCUAUGAAGUUUGCAAAUAACCAUGGCAUCCUACAUCGUGACAUUUCAUAUGGAAAUAUUGUAUUCUAUGAACAACAUGGCUAUCUCAUAGACUGGGGUGUUGCAGUAGUAGGAUCACCAGAAGUGGAAAAUGCCUUAACUGGUACCAUCCUGUUUUCCUCUGUAAAGGUUACAACAAAAUUGCAUGAGAACAAAAAGUUCACUCACACAUUUGAUGAUGACAUCGAAUCUCUCUUUUAUACAUUUCUAUAUGUAGCAUGUGAUGGUGUGCUCAAGUGGAAGAAAGGUCUAGGAGGCAUGGAUUUUGUUGCAGCAAUGAAGUUUUACACAGUAUAUAGAAACUUCAGUAAACAACUGGAGUAUGUAAAGAAUAAUGAACUGCUCCCAUACUUGCAUAGAUUUCGUGACAUCAUUGUUUCCAAUUGGACAGAUAAGAUGGCAAUAGACAUUGAUGCAGUUAUUAGGGUGUUUGACAUUAAGUAA